GGAGGGAAGAUGGCCUUGGGGUUCCAGAGGAGCUCCACGUCUGACGACGACUCUGGCUGUGCACUGGAGGAGUACACCUGGGUACCACCUGGACUCAGGCCCGAGCAGGUGCAGCUGUAUUUCUCCUGUCUGCCGGAGGACAAGGUCCCCUAUGUCAACAGUCCAGGGGAGAAGCACAGGAUUCGCCAGCUACUCUACCAGCUGCCCCCGCACGACAACGAGAUCCGGUACUGCCAGUCUCUGGGUGAGGAGGAGAAGCGUGAGCUGCACAUGUUCAGCACUCAGAGGAAGAAGGAGGCGCUGGGCAGAGGAACUCCCAAAGUCCUGCCCCGCACCCUGCAGCACACCAUCUGCCAGCACUGUGGCGAGGGCAUCGGUGGCGGCGAGAUGGCGGUGUUUGCGUCGCGUGCGGGCGCGGGCCCCUGUUGGCACCCGGCGUGUUUCUCGUGCUCCACGUGCCGCGAGCUGCUGGUGGACCUGAUCUACUUCUACCACCACGGCCAGGUCCACUGCGGACGCCACCACGCCGAGCUGCUCAAGCCACGCUGCUCCGCCUGCGAUGAGAUUAUUUUUGCAGACGAGUGUACGGAGGCCGAGGGCCGCCACUGGCACAUGAAACACUUCAUGUGUUUCGAGUGCGAGACAGUGCUGGGCGGUCAGCGCUACAUCAUGAAGGACGGACGGCCAUUCUGCUGCGGCUGCUUCGAGUCGCUCUACGCAGAGUACUGCGAGGCCUGCGGAGAGAACAUCGGCGUGGACCACGCCCAGAUGACGUACGAGGGCAUCCACUGGCACGCCACGGACAAGUGCUUCUGCUGCGCCCACUGCAAGUCCACGCUGCUGGGCUGCCCGUUCCUGCCCAAGGACGGCCGCAUCUACUGCUCCAAGGCCUGCAGCCAGGGCGAGGAGGUGCACCUGUCCGACUCCCCCGACUCGGCCUUCCAGUCGGCGCGCUCGCGCGAGUCCCGCCGGAGCGUCCGCGUGGGGAAGAGCAGCCGGCCCGGCGAGCAGGGCCACUACCGGACGCUGCCGGAC